AUGGGGAAAACAUCCAAGUCGACAAAGAAGUUUCAGUCAAAGCAUCUUAAGAAAACUCUUGAGCACAGAAAAAAGGUCAAGAAACACACGCAAUUGACGGCAAAAAGCAAUAAGUCAAAGGUAUCUAGAGAAAGAGAAGAGUAUCUCGACACUCUGAAAGGUUCCAAAAAUGAGAAAGGCAGUAAAGUGAAAAACGAUAAAGUGUUAAUAUUCGACGAAGACGACCAGUUGAUUGAGGAGGAUUACGAUAAUGAUUACGACAAAUUCAAUGUUUUGAGUGAUCUCAAGAAAAGUGAUAAAAAAAAUAAAUCUUUAAAAGAAGAGGAGAAUGAUGAUUUUCCAAAUUUCAAUAAUGAUAACGAAAGCAACGACAAUGACUAUAGUGGUCAACUUGACAAAGAUAUCUUUGCCAAAUUGGAAAAAGCAUUACAAAAUGAUGAAACUUCAGAUCAUAAAGGUCAAAGCGAUGGUGAAGGUGAAGAUGAAGAAAGUGAUGACGAAGAAACCUCAAAAUUGGGAAUCAAUUCAGACUUUAAAAGCGAAGAAGGAGAAAACUAUGAUCUAAUUGAUUCAAGUAAAACUGAAUUAACUGCUAAAAUAUUAAAAAAAUGGUUUCAUGAUUUAAAAUCAAGUCCUUCGGUCAAAUUGUUUAAAAAUAUCGUUUCUGCUUUUAAAUCUGCAAUCUAUAAUAACGAAAAAAACGAUAAUGACAAAAAUAAUGAAAUUGUCUUUAAAUAUGCAAUAACUGAUCCAGGUAUUUUUAAUCAAUUAUUAUCCUUAACAUUAAAAGAUUUCCCAAAAGCGGUUAAAGCCUUUUCACCAAUAAAUCCUAAAACUAAAAAACCAAAAUCUCAAUUAUCAAAAUCUGUAUUUCAAUCGUUGAUUUCAUUAAUUAGCAGUCAUAUCUCUUCAUUGAUUAUUUUAUUAAAUGAUAUCACACUAAAUCUUAACAAUUUAAAUAAUCAAUUUAUUGUUUUAAUAUUAGCAUCUGUUUAUGAUUUUAUGCCUUUUUUUUACAAAGCACAUAAGUUUCAAUCAAAAUCCAAAAAAUUAAUCACUUCGAUUAAAAAUAAUAUGAAAAAAGUUUUAUUGACUUCAGAAUUGAAUAGUAAUGCAUUGAUUUUUUCAUUUAUUUUAAAUUUAUCAAAGGAUUAUCCGGAUUUGUUAGAAUUGACCAUCAAUCAAUGCUAUUUAACAUUUUUAAAAAAAUGUUUUCAAUUACCAAUAUCUUCAUUAGAAAGCUCAUUACAAGUAUAUAAAAAAUUUCAGUUGAUUGAAUUUUUAAAAGAUUGUUUAAUUGAACUAUUCAGCUUGGAUUCUCAAUUUUGUUUCACAUUUGGUUACAAAUCAAUUAGACAAUUAGCUAUUCAUUUAAGAAAUUCAUUAAAAUCAAUUUCUUCAAAUUCCAAUAAUUCAAAUGAAAUCGAUGCAAAUUUAAGACUAAUCUACAACUGGCAAUUUGUUCAAGGAUUAAGUUUUUGGUCAAAAUUAUUAGGAGUUUAUUCCUCGAAAAAUGAAAAGAAUAAAGCUUUAGCUGAACUAAAUUAUCCAUUGAUUCAAGUAAUUAUUGGUACAAUUAAAUUAAACUCUUCAAUUGAAUAUUUCCCAUUGAGAUUUUAUUUAUUAAAUUGUAUGAUUGAACUAUCUUCCAAGACCUCUGUUUAUAUUCCAAUUUAUCCGCUAUUAUAUGAGAUUUUAAACUCCAAAAUUCUUAAUAAACAAAUAAGAAAAACUGCUAAAGAUAACAAGAUGAAUAAAAGUAAUAAAUUAACAUUAAAAUAUUCAUUAAAAGUACCAGCAAAUAUCUCAGAAUCAAUACCAUAUCAAAAUUAUUUAAUCGAGGAAUUUAUUAGUACAUUGGUAAAAUUCUUUUAUAAUUACAGCGAUAAUUUAUCAUUUCCAGAAUUAUCAGCCUUUAUUGUACAAUCACUAAAAGCAUUUAAAAAGAACCAUGGUAAUGGAAGCAAGUUGAGUAUAAAAUUGUCAAAAUCAUUAAAUCAAUUAAUUAGUAAAACAUUGGAAAAUUCUAAAUUUAUAAUUAGUAAAAGAGAAAAAAUUGUUGUAUCAAGAAGAAAUAUUGGAAAUUUAGAAAAAUUAACUGACUUUGAGAAAAAGGAUACGCCAUUUAGUAAAUAUUAUAUUGUUCAGCAAGAAAUAAAUAAUGAAGAGGAAAGAAUUAUAAAGGAAGGUUUGGAAUUAGAGAUUCAAGAAGAAAGGAAAAAUAAGUCUGGUGAUAAAAAGAAAAAUUUCAAAACACUAGAAGUUGAAAGUAUAUUUGGAAAGAAUUCAAAUGAAGAUACUGUUAUGAAGGAUUUUACUGAGCAUAAAUAAAAUUAAACAAAUAGUAUUCUUUUGAACAAACUCAUAUCUUUUUGUAAAAUAUAAUAAAUUAAAC